GAAGAAGAAGAGUGCUACGUCACACCCGGAAGUGUCAACAUGGAGGAUCGUAAAGAAGCUUGUUCCACGGAGUCUAUCCUGAAAGAUGGCUGCUUCGUGGACUUCCUGGACGCAGGCUUCGAUGUGAAGACGUACACGGCCCAGGCCAUCCAGCAGGCGGUGAUCGCAGAGCAGCUGGCGCAGCUGGCCCAGGGCAUCAGCCAGCUGGACAAGGAGCUGCACAGCCAGGUGGUGGCUCGACAUGAAGAACUUCUGGCCCAGGCGACAGGGAUCGAGUCUCUGGAAGGGGUUCUUCAGAUGAUGCAGACCAGGAUCUCUGCCCUGCAGGCUGCUGUGGACAGGAUCAGGACGAAGAUCGUGGAUCCUUACAACAAGAUCGUGGCCAGGAUCACUCAGCUGGCACGCCUGCAGGUGGCCUGUGACCUGCUGCGGAGGAUCAUACGCAUCCUGUACCUGAGCAAGAGGCUGCAGGGCCAGCUGCAGGGGGGCAGCAGGGAGAUCACCAAGGCUGCUCAGAGCAUCAAUGAACUGGAUUACCUGUCCCAAGGUGUGGAUCUGAGCGGCAUCGAGGUGAUCGAGAACGACUUGCUGCUGAUCAGCAGAGCCAGGCUGGAGGUGGAGAACCAGGCCAAGAGGCUACUGGAGCAGGGCAUGGAGAUCCAGAACCCGACCCAGGUGGGAACAGCGCUGCAGGUGUUCUACAACCUGGGCAGUCUGACCCCGACCAUCGGCUCUGUGGUGGGGGGGUACCGGACCGCCAUCAAGGACAACGUCACCAAAGCCCUUGACAUCAAGGGUCUGACCCAGCCGGCUAACCCCAGAGGAGCUCCUGGCAGAGCUGUGAUGCCCACACCAGGGAACACGGCAGCCUUCCGCGCCGCUCUGUGGACCAACCUGGAGAAAUUGAUGGACCAGAUCUGUGCCGCUUGCAGACAGGUCCAGCACCUGCAGAAGGUCCUGAUGAAGAAGAGAGACCCGGUCAGUCACGUGUGCUUCGUGGAGGAGAUCAGCAAGGACGGUCAGCCUGAUAUCCUCUACUCCUUCUGGACGGACGUGACCAGAACCCUGAGUGAGGAGUUCCACCGAGCCACCGAAGCCUCCUCCUUCCUCAAGCAGGCCUUUGAAGGAGAGUUCCCCAAACUGCUGCGACUCUACAACGAGCUGUGGCGCCGCCUGCAGCAGUACAGCAGCAGCCUGCAGGGGGCGCUGGCGAGUGGAGGAGGGGCGGACAUGACUCUGGACCUCAGCUCUGGAGAAACGGAGAGCCAGGACCUGUUCACUGGAGGGAAACAGGACUACAAUCCAGAGAAGGCCCUGAAGGACUCCCUGCAGCCCUACGAAGCCGCCUACCUCUCCAAGUCCCUGUCCCGCCUCUUCGACCCCAUCAACCUGGUGUUCCCCAUGGGGGGGCGCAACCCGCCCUCCGCCGACGAGCUGGACAGCAUCAUCAGAACCAUCAGCAGCGAGCUGAACGUGGCGUCGGUGGAUCAGAACCUCUCUCUGGCCGUGGCCCGGAACGCCGCCAAGACCGUGCAGCUCUUCUGCGUCAAGUCAGAGCAGCUGCUCUGCACCCAGGGAGACGCCAGUCAGGUGAUCGGACCGCUGACGGACGGCCAGAGGAGGAACAUCGCCGUGGUCAACUCGCUGUACCGCCUGCAGCAGGCCGUUACCAAGAUGUGCUCUGGUUCUGGUUCUGGUUCUGGUUCUGGUUCUGGUUCUGGUUCUGGUCUGGGAGGAGGAGCUCCACCAGCUGCCGUUGAAGCACUCACUUCUUCUCUGGAGGCGGUCCAGGCCCUGAUGAACGGCGCCGUCCAGCCGCUGCUGCAGUCCGUCAGCGACUCCAUCGAGGCCAUCAUCAUCACGCUGCACCAGGAGGACUUCUCAGGGCCCGUGUCCGGGUCGGAGCGGCCCGCCGUGCCGUGCUCGCUCUACAUGAAGGAGCUGCAGGGCUUCAUCUCCAGGAUCAUGGCCGACUACUUCUCCCACUUCCAGUGUUCGGACUUCGUCUACGACAGAACCGAGCCCGUGGCCCAGAGGGCCGUGCUGCUCUUCCUACGCCACGCCAGCCUGCUGCGGCCGCUGGGGGAGGGGGGCAAGAUGAGGCUGGCCGCAGACUUCGCCCAGAUGGAGAUGGCGGUGGCGCCGCUGUGCAGGAGGGUGUCGGACCUGGGGAAGCCGUACCGGAUGCUGCGCUCCUUCAGGCCUCUGCUGUUCCAGACCAGUGAGCUGAUCGCCAGCAGUCCAGCUGUGGGAGACCUGAUCCCCUACAGCACCGUGCUGCACUUCCUGUUCUCCAGAGCCCCCCCAGAGCUGCGCUCCCCCCACCAGAGAGCAGAGUGGUCCAUCGCACGGUACUCCCAGUGGCUGGAUGAUCACCCCUCAGAGAAGGACAGGCUGGCUCUCAUCAGGGGGGCGCUGGAGGCCUACGUCCAGGUGGUCCGAGCCCGGCAGGGGAAGGAGUUCGCCCCCAUGUAUCCCAUCAUGCUGCAGCUGCUGCAGAGGGCCACCAGCGGGGCUCAGGGGCCCAAACCCUGAAAGACCCGGCUUUCAGAACCAGAACCGUUUGGUUCUGCUGUAGAAACUGGUUCAACUCACGAUCAUUAAUAAAAUGAAGGGAAUAAAGAAA